GUGACGCGCUGGGGACCUGCCGCAGCUGACAGAAGGUGCUGCUCCUGCGAUCACUUUGGACUUGUAGCAGAUGUAUAAUUAUCUUCUUUAAUCACAAACCGAGAAGCUUAAGGAGCAAUGUCCGCCCAAGGAUUGUUAAGCAGUGUUUUCUCAUGCUCGCUAAGCCCCAAAACUAUUUCGAAGCGGAGACUGAGGCAGACCAGGAGCUUGGACCCGGCAUUGAUGAGACAUUAUGGGACCGAAGCUGAGGAGACAUCGCAUAAGGGUGAUUUCACCUGGAACAGGGUGUCAGGAUGUAGUGUUGGCCUGAAGCCAGUCCCUCUGCAAAGCCUCUCAGAGUUGGAGAGGGUUCGCCUAAAGGACGUGGCGUUCAGGCGACUGCUUCGGGAUCGCGACCUUGGCUGCCACAUCACUAUCCCUAAAUAUGGCCACAAGCACAAGAGGUCACUAAGGCUGAAGUUGGAUGCACUAUCUAAGGAAAAGAGCAGAGACAAAGAGAAUUCGCCCCAGGCAUUUGGCAUACCGUUGUCUCAGGUCAUAUCCAACGACCGAUCACACAAGCGACGGCACGAUGCCCCGCGGGAGGAGCACAGUGACCCUACUGAAUUGAUGCUAUCUUUCCUCCACCUCAACUCCAGCCUAAAAAGGGGAAACAGGGAUAUCUCCAGCAGCAAUUCGUCCCUCAGCUCUACUUCUGAGACCCCUAUUGAAUCACCUCUGCUCAGCAUGCCAGACGCAGCCCCCCGGACACGCAGGAGGGGCGGAGUAUCUGUGGAUUGCAUCACUGAUCUAGAUGAUAACCAGUCUCGGCUCUUGGAGGCCCUUCAGCUCUCUCUGCCAGCGGAGGCAGGCGGCAACAGUAAAAAGCACCACGACAAGAAGCUCAGCCUCAACCCUAUCUACAGACAGGUGCCCAGGGUGGUGGAUCUCUGCUGCCAGCAUCUGGAGAAAUACGGCCUACAGACGGUGGGAAUUUUCCGUGUCGGGAGUUCAAAGAAGAGAGUACGACAGCUUCGCAAGGACUUUGACCAGGGUUGGGAGGUACGGUUGGACGAGGAGCACAGUGUCCAUGUUGUAGCUGCAUUGCUGAAAGAGUUCCUCAGAGACAUGCCUGACCCACUGCUAACACGGGAACUCUACACAGCAUUCAUCAACACAAUUUUGCUGGAUUGUUCAGACCAAGAGAGUGCCAUCCAACUGCUGAUUUUUCUGCUGCCUCCCUGUAACAGCGACACGCUGCAGCGCCUCCUCUGCUUGUUGUCUACUGUGGCUGCACAUGCUGAACACCGCCGUGAGAAUGACGGACAGGAGAUGACUGGAAACAAGAUGACAUCACUCAAUUUAGCAACCAUCUUCGGACCCAAUCUCCUCCACAAGCAAAAAAACUCAGACAAAGAGUUUGCUGUCCAGAGUUUUGCCCGCGCAGAAGAGAGCACAGCCAUCAUCGGUGUGGUCCAAAAGAUGAUCAAUACAUAUGAGACACUGUUUAUGGUUCCUGCUGACCUGCAGAACGAGGUGCUGAGGAGUGUGCAAGAAACUGAUCCUGAUGUAGUGGAUUACUUACUGCGGAGGAAGGCCUCUCAGUACUCCGAGCCAGGUCUUCUUAGAGCGUCUCUCUCUCUGACUGACAGGUGCUUAUCCAAUGACUCCAUCAAAGCGUCAAGUGGAGAGGUGUCUCCCUAUGACAACAACUCCCCUGUCCUGUCAGACCGACUGCUGUGUAAAUACCCAGAAGGCAGCAGUCCACCCACAGAGAGGAUCCCCAGACUCUCCGGGCAGUACAAACGCUACAGCUGUUCUAAAGAGGGAUCUGGCACCACCUCCCCUACGCUUUCUACUGAUAAAGAGGCCUCAUCUGAUCAUUUCUGGGACACCUGGCAUGAACUGUUCAGCAAGAAGUGUACUGGCCAUCAAACCACUGGCUCCCUCGGAGACGUUUCGGAUAGCGAGUCGUAUGGAUCUUCAGAGGGGCUGAGCAGUCACCAAGGUAACAACAAGCUGCCUGUCAGACCAGCACAAACCUCAUUGGGCGUGCUGGAAAUCAGGCCACACCUCCCGGUGACUCGCAGCAGCAGCGGUCCUCAUGACCAGAGAGGACACAGACAACCUCAAUCACCAUUACAUCAGGGACUGAGCAGCCAAUCAGGAGCCCUCAGCUCAGACAACUUAGCAGAAAGGACAGGACGCCCUGCAUGUUCAUUUUUAAAGGUCAGGACGGAUCGUUUGUCUCCGCCUCACUACUCUGGAAAGCUGAGGGAGACGCAUAUUUCUUACUCCACACCCUCCCUCUUCACAUAUAAGCCUGACCCCCAGACCCCUAUGCUGCAGAGCCCUGCCCCCCAGACUGUAGACACUGCAGCUGCCUCUGGGCCUGGACUAGAAAAUGGCCCUGGCACACCAAACUGGCAGACGGAGAGGUGGCAUAUAUGGCAUAUUCUGUCAAAAGAAAAUGAAGAUGCACUGCCUGAAACCUUGGUGUAAUGCCCCCCUUGACUAUGUUGAAUUAUAGUGAAUACAACUUGACAUUAAAGGGGCCAUUCUCCUGUCGCUGAAAACCCACUCUCUGCUCGUAUAAGCAGUAUUAGGUUAUGGUUUUGAUCACAAAUACAGUGAUGGAAUUUUACACCAAACACUCUCUUAGAUGUGAUGUCUUUCUGCAGGAGUGUUUAGCUGUAUACAUAUUCAUUUUAAUGUGUAUAUAUGAUAUAAAUUGUCCUUUCUGUACAUAUAUUUGUUUGCCGUUUAUGUGCUGUAGUCAUUAACACAGAUCAUUUGCAACAUAACCAUCAAAAGCUUUUAUUUAGACUUGAAUGUCAUCAUUAGACUUGAAUUAUAUUAUUGCUAAGGUCAUGAAUGUUUUUAAAGUGGAAUGUAAAAAUGGA